AGAAUCCCGAUUAGCGAAGCGUGGGGAGCUGGUAAACAAGCGGUCCCGUCGUACUCCCUUCUAACGACGGGCAGUCUGGGCCUGCUGCAUUCGUCGCAACGAUUUUCGUCGCACUUUUUGUUCCCUUCUACUCUGUUCAGUUCCUCUUUCGCGGUUCGCGAUCAUGGAUAUUGAUGAGAUUAAUCAUAGAAGCGUAGUGAUUGCGGUCAUUGAAUUAUGGGAACGAAACAGGUGCCUUUGGGAUCUGGCUGACACUAAGCGUUACUGCAGAGAGACACGAAAUGAGGCCUACCAAUCUUUGUUAAGCGUAUAUCGUAAAAUGGAUCCUUCGGCGACUUUAGAAAACUUGAAAAGGAAAUUGCAAAACAUGAAAGCUGCAUACAAAAGGGAACACAAAAAAGUGAAAAGUUGCAUGUCUAUGACCGGGACUGAAGAUGCACAUGUGCCAAAGCUUUGGUAUUAUGAACAUCUCCGCUUCCUCGACAGUGGUGAUAACACCCGAAAUAACCGGGACAGUUUGGGAGUUGAAAGCGACUACAAUGAUAUACAACAAAAAUCAAAAACUUCAAAUGGAGAUAACAUCAGUGUGGUGAGUCAGCAGUCUACUCAAGAAAAGGUGCUUGUUCAACAGCAAACCCAAGAAUCGCCUUCAACAUGUACAAAGGAAGCUGGACAACAGCAAUUGGUACUGGAUGAUGUAACCAGCCCACUAACAUCUAAAGAAUGUGAAUGGGAAGUUAUAGCAAAUUCCAUUGGGCUGCAACUGAAAAAUCUAGAUACUCAGCAGCAGGAUUUUGCCCAGAAACUGAUUUCAGAUGUCAUUUUCUAUGGAAAACGUGGAAAACUUAGUGACUCGACAACUAUCUUGCUAGAACCUCUUGACCCCUCUCAUCUCGGACAUCCAAAGUAUUCUGAUUCACUUGGAACACGUAACUGGAAUAGUGGUGUACCAUCACCUCAAUCCCUUAGUUACAGUCCCUACACAUCAUCUUCAUGCAGGUCAUCUCCUUCUAUAAUAGCUCCCCAGUUGGACUACAGAUUUUCAUCUGCAACACCCCUGAAAUAUUUAAAACAGCCUAGAGCACCACCUGCUUUACUCCCUCUGGAAAAAACUCUUCACCACACAUAUGUUGAACAAUCACCAAUGUCUAUAAAUGUCACAUCAUCAACAGAAAAUAAGUAUGAGGAAAUUAUCAUAUCUGAUAAUGAAGAUUCUAAUGACUAGGUCUUAUCCAGCUCAUGUUUGGCAGAAAUGUAAAUUGGGUAUGUGUACCUUCAUAAUUUUAAGAUUUACUACAUGCCUCCGGCACUGGUAACUUGCACGAUACAUAAUCAUCUACCAGGACCAUUUCAAAUAAAAAAGGAAUGCAGUAACAUUUUUGUUUUACCUGCCCUUAUAUAUUUCCCGAGGCAUUUGUAUGCACCUGCACAUUUCUGGUGUACCUGGUGUUAACAUCUACUGCUCCAUAUCUGAAUGAGAAAUAUCUACAGCCAUACUCUGCAAACCACUGUGAAGCACAUAGCAGACAUUAUUUGCCACCUGGAAAGUAGGAGUUGUAGAUCUUUGCACUGCUACGUGGUGACAGCUGCAUAUCUGAUGAGUCUGUGUGUGGCAGC